ACGCGGUCGAGGCCGUACUUUGUUGUAAAGCGAGGCUCUCCUCGAAAGUUUGGCGCUUUUAUUUUUAGCUUUUCCUGUCUCGCUUUCAAGCGUAAACACCAAGCACUACUUUAUUGAUCAUUCAUGGUCAAUUUUGACCCGCUAGGAUCACACGGGUCUUCCAGUUGCAACACAAUGGCGACAGAUUCCGCGGAAACAUUGCCUAGCGAGUCCAUUCAACAACAAAUCCUGGUUUCUGAGCAAGUUACAGCGCCUGAAGGUUUUCAAAACGCGAUCUCUUCGAACAUUCCCACAACAAUUCAAACUAUUCCUCAGCAAAAUGGGGAAAUUGCUACCAUUUCGACCUCGACUUUAGCCGAGACAAUGGCAACUUCAGAAGCGAUCAUGGCGACUGAGAGUAUUUCGGUUGGGACUCAAGAAGCUUCGUCGUCAUUGAGUGCGCAAGAGAUCGUGGACAGCAUCCCUCAAGUCCAGGAACACGAUUCCGUCCCAGGAUCACAGCAGAGUUUAGUUAUUUCAGCUGAAAAUGUCGCCAUUGGAACAAGCGCUUCACUUGACGCUUCUCCGCAUCCGCAGAUAGCCUCAAAUUAUCCCUGGGCUGCCCGGCUUCACGAUUGCGAGCUCAUAGGGGAUUCCUAUAGGGGAUAUGUGAUGAACGAGGUGGAACUGGACUUGAUCUUGACCUUACAUAAACAGCACACCAGCAGUUGCUGGGGUACGAGACAGUCUCCAUCAUCAGCUAAACCAUCCAUUCGGCUGAUGUGGAAAUCUCAGUAUGUACCAUAUGAUGGGAUACCUUUCUUGAAUACAGGUGCACAGUUUUUUAUUUAUGUUGGGUCAAAAAAACAAACUUUGAAUUAUGAGGCCCUCCUAGGGGGGUGGAGGUUUGAAUGACCCCCCCACACCCACCCGUGUGUUUGUGCUUAAUGUCUUCAUUGCUGUCGCAGUUUCAACAAACGAAAGCCAUGCUCUUGCAGAGCCUGGUGGUCCCUGAUGCUUAACUUUUGCUCUUGGUAACUAGAAAGUCUGAUUUUUUUUAGCCUGCGAAAACAUCCGUUUCUCCUCGCUCUUCGUCGCUGAGGACGUUUCGCGCGAAGGAACGUCUGCGACUCAGUGACAGAAAUUCCAUACUGAUGACGCAAAUCAAUGUUUACAUAAUAAAUCUGGUAGUUAUGGGGUUCCAAAUAUAAAUUUGUCUAAUUUUGCGUCUCUUCUGGUCGAUUUUGGUAAAGUGUUGUGUUGAUCUGUCCACGAGCUCCAGCAAAACUCAAAUGCUUCUUCUAGAGAAGACUAUAUUGCACAAAUAUUGACUGUUUUGUUAGAGAUUCUUCGUGUUUACAUUUGACCUUUUUGGCCUUUUGUCUUUUGUCUGUCAUUUGUAAACAAUAGCUAAAACAAUGUAACUGCUCCGUCGACCAAUCAGCGCUUCUGACCGGAUUCUGGACAGAUUUUACGUCAUCAGUAUGGAAUUUCUGUCGCUGAGUCGCAGACGUUCCUCCGCGCGAAACGUCCUCAGCGACGAAGAGCGAGGAGAAACGGAUGUUUUCGCAGGCUAGAGUUUUUUCAUAGAGAUCCUAUGCUGAGCACCCCUGAUAUUUCACAGGUUCAGAAUACUGGGCUUUUUUCAGUUUUUUUAAGAGCACAGUCUUGUCAAUCCUUGUCUCAUUUGUCAGUGUUUCUUCUAUUUUGUGUCACUUGUAAUGUUUCAAGGCAAUGUGGCUUCUCAUAAUUUAACCCUAACUGGGCCUUUGUAGACUGUUAUGAAUGGAACAUCCCAUUUUGUCAAAUCAGUUACCCUAAAUUUCUCCCCUCUCCUCCCUACUACGCCUGUGUGCCUGCCACAUAUGCAUAUGGGAGGAAGAUUUUGAUCUAACUGCAGAGUUAUAUUACUUUAUACGCUUGCCUUAACUAGCCAGCAGCACACAAAAACAAAUUAUGUUAACUGGGCCAAAUGGACCAUGCGAUUGGGAAGAGCUGCCCAAAAAUUGGACAAAAUUGUCAUCCAAUCCAUUUUGCAAGAGCUGCAGGAUAAGAAAAUUAAUUAGAAUAUGUAACAUACAGAGAUUUCAUCCUCUUCAAAAUCCCUCACGCUGCACACAUCCUUGCACUGUCUGUGAAAAGAAAGGUAGACCAGAGUUCUUCCAUUGUCUAUUUGCAUGUCUUUGUGGCACAAAGUGGCUAAUGGCUAUUGUUCCUCUUCUUAUUAUUAUUAAUUGUCUUUAAAGGGGCUGUGUCACUAGGAUAUUGCUGUGUUAGGUCAAAUCUGGUCUGAAGUCAUUACUUAGAGCCUUUAUCUAAACACAAAAUGCUUCUGUAGAGUUAUGUAGAAGAUAUCAAACUGAGAUUUCAUCAGGGAGUGCUAAAGUUGGUCCAACUUUUUCAAGUUUCAAUCACAGGGUAUCCAUCCUUGCCAUUCGUAGCAACAAAUGUCAGGAAACAGUUCCAAUGCUAACUAUAUUCUUCAAUUACAAAACUGGAACAUUAUUUUAGAAUUCAAUUGACGAGAAGGAUUUAAUUAGCUUUUCUAAAAAAUAGUGAAUAGGACGACAUAGCUCCUUUAAAAUGUACUAUAAAGUGCAGUCUAACCUCUCCUUACGGACACCUCUUUAAUAUGGACACCUCUCUAUUAUGGACGGUUCAUUUGGUCCCAGAAAAGCCAAAAAUUAUACAUUCCCUACCUCUAUAAUACAGACACCUCUGUAAAGUGGACUCUUGGUUCUGUCUCUUUGGUGACGGUAUUAAAGAGGUUUGACUGUAUGUAUAAUACCGUAAAAUUCCGAAAAUAAGCCCCGGGGCUUAUAUUUUUCGAAGGCCCUUUUUGAGGGUUUAUUUUUGGAGGGGCUUAUAUUCGAAGGGGCUUAUAUUCGGAGGGGCUUAUAUUCGGAGGGGCUUAUCUACGGAGGGAAAUUUGUGUUUCAAAAUCGAUUGGGCUAGCCUUAUAGUUGGAAGUAAAUUUACCGUUUUUGCUUUGUUUUACUUUGUUUUUGAGGGCAAUUUUCCAAGUACAAGCCCCCGGGGGCUUAUAUUCAGAGAGGCGAUUUAAUGGAGGGUUUUUGGCGUUACCGGUUUGGGGGGCUUAUAUUUGGAGGGGCUUAUACAUGGAGGGGCUUAUUUUCGGAAUUUUACGGUAUAUUAAUGUAGGGCAUCCCCUAUUGUUUUGUUUUGUUUGAAAAUCAUCCCCUUUUGCUACGUAUAUCCUUGGCAGAAAAUAUCACAUUGUUUGAUAAACAUUAUGUUGACACAAACAAAAUUUGCCAUAGGUCGACGAGCAACAGUUAUGGAAUGUCAGUAUGGACCAAGAAGAAAAGGAGCUGUGAACAAGAAGCAGCCUGACUAUAAUGAACAUGGCUCCCCAGUAAAGAAGCAUCGCCCUACUUGUCCUGCUAGAAUUUAUAUCAAGAAAGUACGCAAAUUUCCAGAGUUCAGAAUAGAUCCUACUUUGGAUGCCAAGCAUGUGCGACAGGCCCAGGAGAGAGCACUAACAGCACUGAGGCUGGCAGGAGUAGACAUUGGCGGCGAGGAAAGGUACAGUACCAUCAACAUACUAAUCAUGAGUUUGAGGUUACUCUGCAAACAUUGUUAAGUGUGAUCGUGCAAACUAAGUGCACAAAGAAUGUCAGGAAAUUAUAUGAAAUUUCUAGGUAGUCAAAUUGAUGAUUAUCAGUGCUCCAAACUCUUUUCAAAGUCGACUUUUGGCGGCUAGGCUGCAUCGUCACCAAAAUGCCCCUCGGGCAUGUUUAUGCAGACAAGUAAAUUUCACCACCAAGCGAGGAAGUGGUGAAAUUUGUCAUGUGACAUAAACAUGCAUAUGGGGUAUUCCCUAGCCCAAUCACAAAAUGCACUAGCCCCUAUUCCGUUACUCCAGAAAUUCAGUAUGCCUUAAGUAUUCACCUCUAAACUGAAGGCCUCUUUCUUGCUAUAAAGGUAUGUUACACAUUUGGUCUUUUGGUGCCUGUAGACUGCUUGUAGUCUACUCAUGAUUACUAUAGUAUAUACUUCAUGGCAUCAACUUUAUCUUAGGUUUGUACAUUUGCAGGAACUAUGUUUAACUACCACUGCUGCUAGCUCACGACUACUACUGACAGUAUAUAUUAUCAUAAUGGUGUCAAGUUUAUCUUAAUUUUAUGAAUUUUCAGGUACUAUGUUCAACUACCACUUCCGCUAGCUCACGAGUACCAUGAUAUUGAUGAUAUACCCAUGGAUCCUGAAGAGAGUGCCGAGUCCCAGGGUCAGCGCCUUAAUCCUGAAGUCAUGAAUAAGAUUCGUGAACUAGUCGCAAGAGGUGUCAGUGGGAUAUACACUGUUAAACACUGCUUGAAGGUGUUUGUGGAGAAGGAAUUGUUUGCAAAUGUGGAAGCACCAGCCAGACAUAACAGGUCAUAUUUCCCUACCAUCAUUGAUAUUCAGAAUCAUAUUCAUCAAGCUCAGAUGGCGCUAGCCACUGGAAGUCUCAUGCCUCUUCCUCCGGUGAGUUGUAUGAUGUUAUUUUCUUUAUAUGGGGUUUUAUAAUAUUAUUAUGCAACUUCAUGUGUGCUGAUUAGCCGAGAGCUACUUUUGUAUAAAAGACCAUGGAAAUAAUGUGAUGGUGGUGCAAUUUGUUUUUGUCUUGGUCCCACACAUGAAUUUCCAAGAAACUUCAAUUGAAAUCAAAGUUAGAAACUGUCAGUGUUAUUGCAAAAAACAAAUCAACAACACUUUUCCAUAGUCUGUGCUCUUAUCGACCAUAGAAAUGUCAAAAUAUUCAAAACUUUGCAGUGAAACCACUUGCCUGCAGCUCAGGUUCUACUUGAGUUUUGAACAUUUUGACGUCAUUUCUAUGGUCGAUAAGAGUACGGACCAUGGAAUAUUGUUGUUGACUUGUUAAAUAAUUACCCUAUGGCUUACUAUUUAAAGGGUAUUUGACAGAAUUCUUUUAUUUGCAUGAUAGAAUCUACACAGUGUCCUGAUAAGGUAUCUAUUUUUCCUUCACUCUGUUUUUAUGUACCAAAAACUUGAAAUGUCAGUUGAUUGAUCUAGUGGGUCACAAAACUGAACAAAAUAAUGAAACCAGGAGACUAGGAAUGAUUGUGACAACACUUCGGGAUUUUCUGUUUCUUGGCAAGCAAAUUUCUCAGUUGUUUCUUUCUUGUUGUGUUCAAAGCAGAAUAUCGUGAACUGAUGUCACAAUCAUUCCCAGUCUCCUGUUUUCAGUUGUGUGGUUUUGUACCCCACCGAAAGUGGUAUGUCACUUCUUUGGCAUGUCAAAACACCAAACAGAAAAAUGGAUGUUGAAAAAUUGUUUUUGGUAUAUCCUUAUCCAGACAUUGUGUAGAUUCUAAAAGCAAGAUAAAAAAUUCUGUUUUUAAACUUAAAUUUGUUUCUUUAAGCUCACAAAUUUCCCUCAAAGUUAUCUGCAACUCAAAGAGAAAACCCGUAAGAGAAAGCACACUCCAGAAAAACUCUCACAAUCAUCACAGACCUCAACUGAAACCAUCACAAGUAUACAGCGGCAAUAUUCCUCUGCAAGGAUGACGUCACAAGAUCAGGAGCAGCUACUCCAUCAGGUAUAUAAUACAUAGUGUCAAACCUCUUAUAAGCGACCACCCAAAAUGUGAAGACUUAGUGGUUGCUUAUGGAAGGUGGUUGUUCACAAGAAGCGAACCAAAGGGAGUCUCUUCUUAGAAGUGGUUCGGACACAUCUACUUUAUCAAAGAUAAUUUAUUGCAUGGAAUUUCUAAGUUGUAUUAUGUGUAGUGCCAUGUUGAUGCUAAAAGUUUUUCUUAUACUCUAAGUAACAUACAAUGGAGGACAAAAAUCCUUUGAACGGGUAUGGAAAACCUUCCUUCCACAUCCUUAACUUAUCAAAUGUUCAGAUGUUGCACAAUAUACACUUCUCUAACCACUUGGAUGCCAUGACUGGCCCUCCCCUCCCCCCUCCAAACAAUAUUGGGAUGAAGAAACACUUUUAGGACAGGGUAAAGUGUACAGGGGUGCACAAACUACAACAUUGCUUGGGGCAAGGGGGAAAGGGGGAAAAAUUAAGGCAGAUCGUGUUAAUUGUCCUAAGAAUUUUGUCCUCCAUUGUAGUUCAUACAGCAAACAUAGAGAUCAGACCAUGUACAUAGUGGUUGCCAACAAAAGGUUAAAAACAAUGGAAAAUUAGUCAGCCCUAAAAUGUGGUCACUGUCACUUACAGAAGGGGGUUGUUUGUGAGAGUUUCCAACUGUACAGUAAGUGUUUGUUUGGCAGGGGAAUUUUUGGUGUUUUGUAUAGGUGGUUCAAUUCUCAUGGGAGGUGGUUGCUAUUAGAGGUGGUUGCACAUGGAGGUUUGGUUUUACUGUACCGUGUAUCUCCUGGAAAAGUGUCCGUGCUUGAAUAUUUGGUUGCCAUUGAAUAAGUGUCCACCUCAAGGCCAAACAAGCAAAAUAAAAAAUGCCUGCCUGGAAUAAGUUCCUAUCUCCCUCUCACCUUCUUACACAGCAAGGAUGUUGUCAUUGAGAAAGCCUUUUUUUGCACUUUUAUCAAAUAAAAUCAUCAAUCUAGAGUUUCAGGGAGUGUUUAAUAAACAUCUCAAUAAGCAGCCUCCUCAAGCACCAAUUCCUUUAAUUUUCACUAAAAUGCCUGUCAAAUUUUGUCCAUGGUGCCUUUGAAGAUUGUCCCAUCUCGGACAAAAUUUAUAAAAUUGUAACAAACUAUUCGUAUUGGUCAAAUGUUGGUGAUCACAGAAAAUUUGUCAAAAUAAACAGCUUUUUCACCAGUUGGGAUGGGCCCAUGGUUACUAAAAUGGUAAAAUAAUGAUUAUUUUACCAUUUUUACCAUUUUUUGUGAUGUUUAACAGACAAGCAGAGAGAAUUACCAUGGCAGUGAACAGGCACACCAGCUUGGAAUCAUUCAGGGUACUGAUGGACAAGCUACUGAAGUCGAUCUUUCUAAUCAGCAUCAGAUUCUCAUCACACAGGGCUCUGGAUCAGGACGAGAUGAAGGUCAGAGAGAAACUUUUUACUUUUGAUGGCCCAUGUCAUGUAAUUUGCUACAUGAGUGGGCCAUUUCCAAACAAAUUUACAAAUGUGCACUACAGCAGUAUGUAGGAUGUAUCUAGGAUUUUUAUUGACAGAUCUGUCCCUGUCUGCAGUUUGAGUGAAAGCAAGUGUUAAGUAAUUUUUUUGUACAUGAAUGCAUCAGUACGGUUAUUAUGAACUGUUAGGCUAACAAGUUUACAAAACCCCCAAUAUUGCAAAUCUGUUUCAAUCUUCUUCAGGUUUGUCCAUCCAUUACUCCUUAAAUUUACUGGUUAUUCAUACCCAAUACCAUCUUUCAAUGUUUUAAGCAGUUAUUAACAUAUCACUCAAUUUGAUCGUAGUUUCCACUGUUUGAAUAGAGUGCAAGCAGUCAAGCAUGUUUGCUCAAAAAUCUGUGAGGGAUUGGAAUAUGUGAGUAUUUGAGUGUCAGAGCCAUGAGCAGCAGGUUUUGUGGAUGCCAUUGUGAGAAACUCUGUUUUUGCUUGGACUGGCAAUACAAAACACACUGCUCUCGGCUUCUCUACUCAAAAAAUCACAUAUCACAAUUGCUCACAGUUUUUAGAGCAAAAGAGAGACUGCUCGCAGUCUGCUCGCCCAUUUUAUAUCAAAAACUCCAUCGCACAUUCUUGAUGUCUCGUAUUGUAAUUGUGUUCCAGGUCAAGUGGUUAUUGUAGUGAAUGCAAGCAGUUUCUUCUCUGGUCAGUCUGAUUCAGACACACCAGCAACACUGUCCUUAACCAUACCAGCUUCACAAGUGGCCAGCCUAAGCCAUGCAUCUUUACAUUCAGCCGCUGGUGCCCAGGCAGUAACUUUAAUCCCAUCGCAAACUGAUGCACCACCCCAGACUUCAGGAACAGCUACAACGUCUCCUCAAACUGUCACGUUUAUACCACAGGUGGCUGAGAACAGUCGCAGUGCGGUGGCCUUUUUAACAACACAGCAAAGUGAUAAUACUAGUCAGGUUCCUGUCUCGGCAGCUUAUCUCGCUACCCAUGGACAGACAAGCAACAUUUUAAGUAUGUUGGAUUCUGCGCUGCAGGCAUCUUCACCAGGGUCUGCUGGUCCUAUAAUAAGAGUUGGUAGCAGUGCCGGAGCAGUUCCAGCAACUGACAGCAGCCAAUCAACAGAUGCAAGUAAGACACAGAUUUAUAGAUGUUGUGAUUCAGUUUUAUCCAUGGUUUGAAUUUUAUGUUCCUUUGUCUAAAUAGAUGAUAUUACAUAGCCGCGCAGACAUACAAAAUUUCUCUCUGAGUGUUGAAAUUAAUAGUUCACAAGUGCUCGCAGUGAACGAGUGAAAUAUCUUUGAACACUCAAAGAGAAAUUCUGUAUCUCCAAGUGGCAAAAUAAUGUUCUAUUUUAUUACAUGCAUAUAGACACCAAUGAAAUACUAAACCAUGUCACUUAAAUAUUUUUUUGCUAUGAUAGGCGCAACUUUUCAUGUAGUCAGGAGUGGUCACUGUAGAUCUUUUCACAUGUGAAUUAAGUUGUGGGAAAGCUCGCCUGGUAUUUCAUUGGUAGUUAUAUAAUAUAUCUUAUUAUUUUGUAUACCACCAUGCCCCUACAAAUGCCAAAAAUACAACAUAUACACCACAGUUAAAAUAUUGAACAACAGCAAAGACAGAACAUACCUCCUGUUUUUUCGUAGCAGUAAGAAAAAAAAUUAAUGGUUACAAGACUCAGUAAGAAUUGGUCACUUCUCUUCAACCAGAUUUUAUUUGACUGUUUUCUUCCCAUGCACUUCUAAUACCUUUGUGCUAUAUUGAGAGGCUUUUUUGACGUUCUAGUUGUCGUCCGCGUCGUUGGAUCUUAAACUCCCUAAAUUGUACAAACGACCGGUUUCAAUAGACCGGCGAAAUUUCUCAUUUUAUUAAAGCACUGAGGUUAGGACAACUUCGAGUUAAACUGAUUUCACGGCUUGUCAAAGAGUCCAGCGAUUCCUUUUUCCCAGGUGAGCGCCGACUCAUUUCGCUUCAAUAUUCAGGAAUGCUCUCGAUCUUUUACGCUUUCAUUGCCUCUCGCCCGACAUGUUUUGCACGGCGUUUGGUCAUGCGAAACCUCCACGAAACAUCCACGCCUCGCGCGAGGUAACUUUAUCCCGAUUCUAAAAAUAACUCGAGACGAAUUACCUAUGGAAUAGGGUGUAUAUGGGGGAUGCCCUCUCUGUCCCCUUUAUAGUCUCUUGGUUACAUGUAAUGGUUAAUGUAUAGUUUAACAGCGAGGAACCACCAUCUGAGGGUUAUUCAAUCUAGAAUUCAAUAGAGGAGGCUUUUUGAUAACGACAUCUUACAGCAAACCUACCCGAAUAAGUGUACAUCUCACGGUUUUUUAUAAAACUUAACUUGAUAACCCAGUUGUCAAUCCAAGUACGGCUAAUCUUGAUCUGUUCUGGUCUCUGCGUUUAAUUCCCAUCACUGUGUGCAUUGUGCUGCCUGUGAUGUCUUUGAAUUCAAGGAUCUAACAGUUUGAAAUGCCACUGACAAUACGGCUUUGAAAUUUGUCUUCAUUGUCGAGAGUUUAAAAUAAUUUAAAUGGCCAUGAAACAAUACCAGGCUGGUUGAAAAGCGGAAGGGACCAUUCCAGCUUGAGGGUUGCUAAACCUUGCUCCAGAGUCUCUGACUUAUUAUGAACUUCUUAUACACACUCUCGCAAGAUAUUUUUUGGUAGGUUAUGGUGCCGUAAUUAGCCAGUGUGACCAAUCGCAACGCGCGCUGAUAAGAAAUUGAACCAAUCAAAACUCAAAGAAAUGCCGCGUAGCUACCGCCACCACCUUCCCUAAGCGCGGGAAGAUGUACACUGCUUUUGAUUUCUCUUAUUUGUUACUGGUUAAGAAAGAUGUGCAAGAUAGUUUAACCAAUCACAGAGCAUGGCAUGCUAAACCAGAGUUAUCAAGAAGUUACUUUCAAAACCCAGUGAAAAAACCACUGUAAGAUCCUUUGAAAUGUGGUAAAACUAAAGGCUUCGUGUUUUUUCGUUUUUAGUUUCUGGUCACGUGGUGGCGACCCAGGCAGCUGUUGACGCGGUGCUUAGCGCUGCUAAAGAAGAAUCAAAGCAAACCCGAUCCGGAGAAGAAAGUGUGGAGGGUGAACCCCAGGAAAAGCGCCAAGCACUGGAAGUAGAUUUGUCCUCACUAGUCAAGGAAGCAGUGUUUGAUGGUCAACAGGUAUAGUGCCGUAUCCAACUGCUUAGUUUGAAGUCUUGUACACGUGCUGACUUGAAGUAGAAUAUGUUAGCCUUUAUUGUGGGCAGUGAUAUAGAGUAAAGUAAAGUCACACCAUUGCCAGGUCGUAGGCUGCACUGUACAGGGUUUUAGAUUCCAGUGUUUCGUCUAGCGAAGUCUUCGCUGAAGGUCUUGUCUUGUCCUUCGCGUCGCCAAGUAGGUUCGCGGUUACCAGUCGUUUUGAUACAAGUUAAUUCCUUCGAGGUGUAAAUAGUUUCACGUACCUGGCUUAAAGAACGAAGAAUAUUCACCCAAAAUGUUUUUCUUGUUCAAUUGCCAACUUUACUUGAAGUAAUCGAAAUUUUUUUAUGCAAUUUUACUGCUUGAGUGCGUUUCGAAACGAUCGGUUUCCGUCAAAUGGUUACCGGUCGUAGUAGGCUCUCAGGUCAGUCACAAAAGAGGUCAGUUUGCAUCCGUCGUCAAAGUGCAUAUCGAAUGUGCAUGUCGUUACUGACGUAUUGGGUUUACGAUGGGCUAACAAUAGUAAGACAACUAAAUCGACUAACUAGCCAGCAACCAGAAUAAUAAGCUUUCAACGGACACAAGAAACACUUCUCACUUGGGAUUGCAAUCCGUGAUACUCAUGACUAGCCCUCCCCCUCCCCCGUCCCGGGCGCAUUUGGCAUGCUGUCUUCUCGUAAGCUUGACCAUGAUUAGGCUUUUGAUGUUUCGCAGGUUGAGGGAGUUAUCAGUGAAGCGCAAGAAAAAAGCUCUGUAGAAGGUGAACAGCCGGGAAUGGUUUCCAUCCCUGUACCUUCAUCCCAACAGCAGUCGGACAACACGCAGUUCACCAGUCUAUCUCAAGCUAACGAGGAAGGAAAUUUCAUCUCCAUGGCCACAACACGACCUGUCGUCAUGGUACCAGAAUCGGUUCUUCAGUCGGUGCAGGAAGGCGGACAGACAGUGAUCCUUGAAGAUGGUGAGAAUAAACUACAUGUAGGUGUUCGAGACAGUGAACAUUGCACAGGAACUCAGCAAAUGUCAGUCGAACUUCAACACACUGAAUCAGCUUACGAGAAUAAUGAUGCUUCACCACAAAUCCCUGUCGUCAUGGAAACAGUCCAAAGAGUUUCUGUUGCCAUGGAAACGAAUGACGUCGUCCCAGCACCCGUAACGACAUCUCAAGAUUUAGGCGUUUCUAUAGAAACACAUUCAGAGCAUCCUAAACAGCAAGCGACCACACAUGAGAACAGUCUGAAAGUUACCGAGGAAGAACAACGUCUGCAGGAUUACAAUAUACCGGCCUCAUGUGCUGCGCAAUCUAGUGGCACUGAUCCCAUCAGUGUUUCGCUUUUGUUUGCAACUAGCCAGCAGCAGUUACCUGUGGACGAACCAGCUGUUACUACUCAUACAGACACUGUUUCAGCAGUAAAUAACACUCCCGCAGUUUUCUCGCAGUAACUCAUCCAGGCGAGCUUUCUACAGUAGACCUCUUAAGCUUUUAUGUUUUGUUUUCCCAAUACAGGUCAUGUGAUAAUACUCUAGGGAACUGUUAUUUUCGCGCAUAGCUACGCAUAGUUAUGAAAAGACAAAGGGUCAAGUUCCCUUGGGACCUCUAUUGGGAAAAUAAAACAUACAAGCUAAAGAGGUUUAUUCUCUAAGGGCCUGUUUACAUGGAGUUGGGGGACCCCAGGUAGGCGAGGUAAUCUGCGGUGGGUCACCCCACCUAUCAUGUAAACGUGAUCAAAUUAAAAUGAGAGAUUAUAUGG